AUGGCUCGGGUGCCUGUGGCGUCUUAUGAGUCGUGGGGCUCGCUACCAGAUAUUCCAGUGUUCUCGAAGACGCUGGCUGCGGAGGCAAAGAUGGCCGAGCGCAUCAUCCAUGGAGCCGUCGUGGAUGCCGUGGGUUUCGCACGAGCUGAGGCAGGCGAGCCGGUCUAG